GUAGGACCCAGGGGACAGAGGCUCCGGGGAGAGGGCCAGGAUAAAGCCACUCCAAGGUAGGUGUGUACACACAGACACACAGUGAGUGGGUCACAGUGACACUGCCUGCAGAGUACAAUGACACAUGGAGACUGCCUGACCUCAAGUAACUCUGGGGGGAGAGGGAAGAGCCAGAGGACCCAGCCCCGGCGUGCCCCAUUCUUGCCCUGUCCUGAGCCUCCAGGUUCAUCUCCGGCAUCUACUGGCCUCCAGAAAAAGAGAGAACAGGAGUUCCCAGCGGUGGUUCUGCAACAGCUCGAGCGCGGGGGACACGCGCAGCAGACGGCCACAGACGCCUCAAGGCUGCGCGCGAAGACACGGCGCAGGCAGACGCACAGACGGGGCUCCCCCACCCUGGACACGGCGGCAGCGAGUUGGGAAGCCCAGGAAACCCCGGGUUCCGUCGGAAGCCUCCCGGCACCCAGUCCCCUUCCGCAGCGCCAAUCUGGGGCAGGACAUGGGGCCCCGACGCCUGCGGGAACCAGGGGCUCCCCAAAAUCCCCGGGGGAGGAGUUACCUCGCAGCCGGGGACGCAACCCGUUCGGGGUGACCGCGAGCACAGCGUCUGCCCUAACCCGGCGCCCUAGUGCUUCUCGGCAUCAGGGUGCGGGGUCCCGGGAGAGGAGCCGUCCGGGGGGCCGCGGCUCAGGGGCGCGGGGCGACGGCAGCGGCCAUAGCGAGUCACGUGCGGAGGCUGAAACUUUACCCGGAGCCCCAGACUGAAGGGGCGGAGGGUACGGAGCAGAGGUAGGGGGAGGCCCUCUCCCUCAGGCCCGCCCCUGCCCGCCCACCGACCAAUCAUCAGUCAGGGGCGGAUCUACAGACUCACGCCCGCCCCCGCCUCUCCUUAAUAGACCCCGAGAAGGGCGAGUCUUAAAGGAGCCGCUCCUAACUGAAGACUGGACCGUGGGAAUCCGGGAGAAUCCCUCCCUCAGACCCAGAACCGAAGAUUCAGAGCGACAGGGGGGGUGAGGUUCUGCGGAAAGAAUGAAAAUAGCGCUUGGUGGAGAAGACCGCAGCGUGUGGUAUCCUACACUCCUUUCCCCCCAGCCACACACACACCCACACCUAAACCCGAGAAGUGAGGCGGCGGCGUAACAUGGAAUUGAGUGAGGUGACGCCUGCCCUAGCUGUCAAGCCCCUGAAUCCUAUAAUUAUAAUCCUCUUCUAGGGACCAGCUGGAACUGAGAGCUGUGUGACCUUGACUAAGUCACUUCCCUUCCCUGGAUCUUAAGUAUCUCAGCUGCAAGAAAAAAAAAAAAAGAGUCCAGGAGUAGAUCUCCCGCAAGUACAUCUCUUCUUUCCCCAAACACCUUUCCAGCUCCAGUGGGUCCUAGGAACUGUGGCUCAACCCAACCCCCCAGCCCCCUUAAAGUACUCUUCUCAAAGGGCAACUUUUGGAUCUUCCAGUAGGGGCGCCCAGGAGCACCCCUCCGUGCUCAAAGACUCAGACUCAAGCUUCUCUCUCCCGAACAAGUUUGGAGAAGCCAGGAAAGCUCUUGUUCAUAUUCCAACUGGACAGGAUCUGAAUCACUCUCCAUCUGUGAGACCC